AGGGAGGGGCGGUUUUCCCCACGCGGCGCGCACCGCCUUUUUCCUUAGCGCUCGUCCCUAGCAUGGCUGAGAUUCUGGAGUUCCGUGUCCCCCCUGGGAACGAUCGGACUCUUCUCGUCUUGGGCCUGGAGUCAGAUGCGUCGGAGCAUGCUCUGUAUCUUACCUUCUCUGCAUUUGGGCUGCUCUAUUCUGUAAGACUCUACAGAAAUGCUCCAGUUGCUGGGCCUGGCUAUCACGCCUUUGUCAAGUUCUACUCUGCCCAAGAUGCCAGCAGGGCACAACGUGCUUGUAAUCAGAGGUCACUGUUUCAGAAUACAGCUCUGAAGGUUUGCAUUUGUACCAGACAACGGGCACUUACAAAGCAAACGUUAGCUUUGAACAGUUAUAAAUGCCAGGAAUUAGCCAAUCACUACCUUGGUUUCAAUGGCUGGUCCAGUCGCAUCAUCACUCUGCAGAAUAUACCUGGCUUUGAAGAUGAUGAGAAAGAAGAAGGGGGAAUUUUGCCCAGGCACCAUCAUUCAAAGUAUCUGUGCGUACAAGAAUUAAGCAUCCCCCAUUAUGGGAUUUGUACCAGAGGGAUUGGUGUGGCUAAACUUCAUGUAAACCCCAGUCAAGAGUUUCUCGUGGCCACCUGCAAUGCUCAGAAGCUUGCAGUGCAACAGGCACUUUCAGAUGCAUUUCAGAAAGUACUCUUCAUAAUCCUAGAGAAUGGAAAGUUGGCAGUAGAGCACAGCUCUCCUGAGAAAGACCCCAUUGACUGUUUACCAGAAGAGGAACUUGGGGGUCUCAUUCAGGUGACCGAAUUGUCACUUUCACAGCUGAAAUCUGAAGGAGAAGAGGAGAUCUUGUGUGAUUUUAACAUGGAUGGAGAAUAGCAGAUGAUUGACACAGAUUCUGUUUUCUUCUCACUAAUCUGGAAGUGUAUCCUGUUCCCUCCUAAGCACAUUAUCCAGCCUGGAAGUUGGUUCUCCUUGUUUUUGGAGCAUUUGGGUGAUGAGGCUACCAAGUGAAAACUACCAGUCAGAAGAUAGCACUCUUCCAAGAAAAUUCUAAUUGCCUAUUUAUGGUUAGUGAUGAUUAGAAAGGCAGAAUUAUUUUUCUGAUUUUUAUAUUUUUCUAAUAAAUGACUUACUAAUAGAAAAGGA